AUGUCAGUCAUCAUGAUCAUGAGAAGUCCAGGUGUGAUGUGCUUUGUGUGCCCAAUGAUGCUUGUCAACAUGCUUUCACCCAGCUCAUCAUCUUUGGGAACGUUGAAUGGGAUAAUGCAGACGUGUCGAGCUCUUGCACAAGCCAUUAGUCCUAUGUUAGGUACUUCAUUAUUUGCCAUAAGUAUUUCAAGUGGAAUACUUGGUGGUAAUUUAGUUUGGAUAGUAUUAGGCUUGAUUUCAGUACUCGCUCAAAUAAGUUCACAUCGAAUUCCCAAUGAGAUUGAAACACGAAAGGAAGGGGUUACAUCUGAAGAAGAUGGUGUUGAACGUCAUGUUUAA